AAAACCCAUGAAUCCUUCUUUCGCCCUGAACCUCGCGGUUUCCAACGUGAUUUGUGCGCUCGUCUUUGGCCAUCGUUUCUCCACAGAAGACGAGACUUUUCACCACCUGCUGGAAGCCAUUGAGAAGAUUUUCAAUGCCUCUGACAAUGUCGCGAGUAACCUGUACAAUAUUUCCCCCUGGAUUAUGCGGCAUAUUCCAGGACCUCAUCAGAAGGCAUUUUCCUCACGUGACUUUGUUCAGUCAUUCAUAAGAGAGGAGAUCAAGAAGCACCAAGAAGCAGAACAUCAAGAAAAAGAACAAGACUUCAUUCAUUUUUACCUGGCUGAAAUAGAGAAAACGAAAGACCAACCCAAGUCACCCUAUGAUGAAAAGAACAUGGUUCAGAGCAUCUUUGAUCUCUUCCUGGGGGGAACAGAGACAGCAGGCAUCACUCUCUCCUGGGGAUUGUUAUAUAUGGUGCUUUAUCCUGAUAUUCAAGCCAAAGUUCAACAGGAAAUAGAUACAUUCCUAAUACCGGGCCAGUCAGUCUGUUACGAGGAUCGCAAGAAACUUCCGUACACAAAUGCUGUGGUGCACGAAAUCCAGCGUUUUAGCAACAUCAUUUCGACUGGAAUGCCUAGAUACUGCCUAAGAGACACAAAGAUCCAGAAAUUUCUCAUUAGAAAGGGUACCACCGUCUUCCCAAACAUGGCUUCGGCCUUGUAUGAUUCCAACGAAUGGGAGACUCCCCUCACGUUCAACCCAAACCAUUUCCUUGACGAGGAUGGGAAUUUCACCUGCCGAGAAGCUUUCAUCCCAUUUUCUAUAGGUCAUCGAGUAUGUGUGGGAGAGAAUUUGGCAAAAACAGAGCUCUUCCUGUUCUUUAGCAACCUUAUGCAUACAUUCAAUUUCUACUUGCCCAACGGAUCAAAAGAUAUAAAACUUGACCCGGUUGGGGGAGGCACUCUGAAGCCCCGUCCCUUUGACCUCUGUGCAAUUCCUCGAUAGGCCCAUAUGUCAGUCCUGAAUGGCAGCUGUGGAUACUGGGACAGGGAAUCCAAGCAGCUGGAUUUCGUCUACUCCAACUUUUUGUCUGAAAAUAAAGCAAGU